GCUCCAUGAAAUCUUUUAUGAAACACAAGGAUUUGGGGGUGGGGGGUGCAAGCAAGUGCAGUGGUACGGAAAUUUCUUGCAUCUGUGUCUUGAUUUGCUCAUUUUGUCUUUCCAAUUAUAGGAGGCUUAUGUGCAGAAAAUGGUAAAAGUAUGCAAUGAUUCAGACCGAUGGAGUCUCAUCUCCCUGUCCAACAACAGUGGCAAGAAUGUGGAGCUGAAAUUUGUGGACUCUCUGAGGCGGCAGUUUGAAUUCAGUGUCGAUUCCUUUCAAAUCAAGCUGGACUCCCUGCUGCUUUUUUAUGAGUGCUCAGAGAAUCCUAUGACUGAAACUUUUCACCCAACUAUCAUUGGUGAGAGUGUCUAUGGGGAUUUCCAGGAAGCCUUUGAUCACCUCUGCAACAAGAUAAUCGCCACCAGAAACCCAGAAGAAAUCAGAGGAGGUGGCCUUCUGAAGUACUGCAACCUUUUGGUAAGGGGCUUUAGGGCUGCCUCUGAAUCCGAGAUUAAGUCCCUGCAGAGAUACAUGUGUUCAAGGUUUUUCAUUGACUUCUCAGACAUUGGAGAACAGCAGAGAAAGCUGGAGUCCUACUUGCAGAACCACUUUGUGGGAUUAGAGGACCGCAAGUAUGACUAUCUCAUGACCCUUCACGGUGUGGUGAAUGAGAGCACAGUGUGCCUGAUGGGACAUGAGAGGAGACAAACUCUGAAUCUGAUCACCAUGCUGGCCAUCCGGGUCCUAGCUGAGCAAAAUAUCAUCCCCAAUGUGGCCAAUGUCACCUGCUAUUACCAACCAGCCCCAUACGUAGCAGAUGCCAACUUCAGCAAUUACUAUAUUGCCCAGGUUCAGACGGUGUUCCCUUGCCAGCAGCACACAUACUCUACUUGGCUGCCCUGUAAUUAAGGACCGACAUUAGUAGACCCGGUGGGGAGAACAUUUUCUAAGAUGUAGAAAGGGGCAAUGGGUCCCUUUGAAAUGGGGUGUUUUGUGCAAUGAUGAUCUGCUCUAGUUUUCAAGCUUGGGAAAAGCUUGUGGUUCUUCUAAUAAAUAAUGGGAGCACGAUCGAGAAAGAACCCCAAAAUAAUUGGAUCCUACCCCAGAGCACAAGAGGCCUGUCAUUAAAAGCAACCAGCUUCCCCUGAAAUAAGUGAGGGAGGAAUGCUUGAUGACAAUAUGGGUUGGCAGUAUCUGCUCCCAUAGCUUUGGCAUAGAGAAGGUGGGAAAGCCUUAUUUUCUUUUAUUUUUAUUCUUACUCUAGAAUGGGAUCUGCAAAAGGGAGAAUAUGAAAGAAACAAAACACACA